AUGGCUAAUCCAAUAAUUUCUGUGCCUCUAUUUGAAAAGGUUUUUCCUAAAAACACAUACCAAAGAGCUGUAGAUGUCACUAUCUUGUUCCUUCUCUUUUGUCUCUUAAUCUUUCGUCUCCUAUCUUUCAACAAUCAUGGACUUGCUUGGUUUCUCGCUUUCUUAUGCGAGUUAUGGUUCACUUUCAAUUGGGUUCUCAUUGUUUGCACCAGAUGGACUCCUAUGUUAUACAAGACAUUUCCCGAACGCCUCCAGCAACAGGUGCCGGAACUUCCACCUGUAGACGUGUUUGUAACAACGGCUGAUCCUGUGCUAGAGCCACCUAUGCUCACAGUGAACACAGUACUAUCUGUGUUAGCAGUUGAUUAUCCAGCUAACAAAGUGGCUUGCUAUGUCUCGGAUGAUGGCUGCUCACCUAUUAUCUUGUACUCUCUCGUUGCAGCAUCUAAAUUUGCCAAGCUUUGGGUGCCAUUCUGUAAGAAGUACAAUGUUCAAGUUAGAGCUCCCUUUCGAUACUUCUUGAAUGAGUCUAAACCGUCCAUUUCAAAUUCUAGGGAUUUCCAAAAGGAAUGGCAAAAUAUGAAGGAAGAGUACGAGCAACUUUGCAGAAGUAUAGAAAAUGCAGCGCACCAGCCUUUUCCCAUUGGUCUGACUGGCGAGUUGGCUAUUUUCUCCAAUACUGAAGUGCGAGACCAUUCAGCAAUAGUCAAGGUCCUAUGGGAGAACGAGGAGGGUAUCUCAGAUGGGGUGCCUCAUUUAAUUUACAUAUCCAGAGAGAAGAGGCCAAAGCAUCCCCAUCAUUACAAAGCAGGAGCUAUGAAUGUACUUACUAGAGUGUCCGGGUUGAUGACAAAUGUUCCGUUCAUGCUUAAUUUGGACUGCGACAUGUUUGUCAACAACACAGAGAUUAUUCGACAUGCAAUGUGUCUCAUGCUCGGUUCCAAGAAUGAAAGAGACUGUGGAUUUGUUCAGUCUCCACAAUUUUUCUAUGAUAGACCAGAGGACUUGCUGCUUUUGCAUGAAUAUGUCGGGAAAGGAAUAGUGGGAAUUCAAGGACCUUUCUAUGGAGGUACAGUAUGCUUUCAUAGACGAAAAGUUAUCUGUGGUCUAUGGCCGGAUGAAGUAGAAAAUCAAGGUAAAGAUGUAAAUUCAGGAAAAUCAUAUGAUUAUGAAUUACUAAAAGAAUAUGGAAAUUCAAAGGAAUUCAUAACAUCAGCCGCUCAUGCUUUGAAAGGGAAUACAGAUUAUUUUACCAGCAACCUGUCUAAAUCUCUCGAGGCAGCUCACCAAGUUGCAAGUUGUAGCUAUGAGUACGGUACUGGCUGGGGUAAAAAGUUUGGGUGGAUAUAUGGAUCUACAGUAGAAGAUGUCUUAACAGGUUUGACCAUCCAUGAAAAAGGGUGGAAAACAGGGUAUUGCUCACCAGACCCUCCAGCCUUUCUAGGGUGUGCUGCACCUGGUGGGCCUGCAAUGAUGGUCCAACAAAAGAGAUGGGCCACAGGACUGCUUGAGAUCUUUUUCAGCAAACACAAUCCGAUAAUUGGUACUCUCAAAGGCAAGCUCCAAUUCAGGCAGUCCUUGGCGUAUUUGUGGUUGCUUGUGUGGGGUUUACGUUCCAUUUUUGAGCUUUGCUAUGCUAUUCUUCCAGCCUAUUGCAUCCUCACUGACUCCAAUUUCUUGCCCAAG